AUGGUGAAAGGCAAUAAACGAAUAAACCACACAUUUGAAGUAUUAAUUUUGAUAUUGAUUGUGGUUUUAUGUUUUAUAAUCCGUUUAUUUUCAGUCAUAAGAAAUGAAUCAAUAAUACAUGAAUAUGAUCCUUAUUUUAAUUAUAAAUUAUCCAAUUUGUUAAAAGAGAAUGGGUUUUAUAGUUUUUGGAAUUAUUUUGAUGAUAUGUCUUGGUUUCCUUUAGGAAGAGCUACAGGACAGACCUUAUUCCCAGGGUUAAUGAUAACAACAUAUUUGAUACAUAAAAUAUGUUAUUCGAUGGGAUUAUUGAUAGAUAUAAAGAUUAUAUGUAUAUAUAUAGGGCCAGUAUUUAGCGUUUUUACUUGUAUAUUAACAUAUUAUUUAACUAAAGAGGUAUAUAAUAAGAAAGGACGUAAUAGUGGUGGUGCUGCAUUGAUAGCAGCAUUAUUUGUAUCAAUAUCACCAGCACACAUAUCUCGAACAAUUGCUGGAUCAUAUGAUAAUGAAUCAAUAUCUAUAUUUUUAUUAAUAUUAUGUGUAUAUAAUUGGAUAAAAUGUUUAAAAGAAGGAACCCUCUUUUCAGUGGUUUUAUGUAGUUUAUCUACAUAUUUUAUGGGGUUAUCAUGGGGAGCAUAUAUAUUUAUUAUAAAUUCAAUUAGUUUAUUUAUGCUAGCUAUAAUUAUUUUAAAAAAAUAUAAUAUAAAAUAUUGUAUUAUCUAUAAUGUAUAUUAUAUAUUGACCACAAUGUUAUGUCUAAAUAUCCCAUGUAUUAAUAAAUCGAUUUUUACAAGUAUAGAGCAUUUAGCUAUGCAUGGGAUAUAUUUGAUUUCAAAUUUAUUACUUUUUUGUAAUUUUAUAACCAAUAUUUUUAAUUUGAAUGAAGAGAAGAUUAAAAAUACAUUUAUAAAAAUUUGUUUUAUUAUAUUUUUUUUAAUAUUUAAAUUUUUAAUUUUUACCGAUAAGUUAUCAUGGAGCCAUCGAUCAAGAACCUUAUUAGAUCCAACAUAUGCAUCUAAACAUAAUCCUAUUGUUGCAUCUAUAUCUGAGCAUCAGCCAACUACUUGGGGAUCAUAUUAUUUUGAUAUACACUUAGUUUUAUUUUUCCUACCUAUUGGAUUAUAUGAAUGUUUUAAAAAAAAUGCAAAUAUAGAACUAUUUUUUUUAGGAAUAUUUACUACUUUAUGUAUGUAUUUUUCCUCUCUUAUGGUUAGACUUCUUUUAAUAUUUUCUCCGUUUGUUUCAAUACUGAGUUCAAUCGGUUUAUCAUUUAUUUUAAGCACUCUCAUUGAGUUUGUUGAUAAAUUGAGGGAAAUUAAAUUGGCUGACUUAGAUGAAAAUGAUAAAAAAAACGAAGAUAAAUGCAGUACUAGUAAUAACUUAGUUAAACAGAAUAUAAAUAAUGCAAAGUUAGAGACAAAACAAGAACAAUGGAAUGAAAAUGAAAAUAAAGAUAUAGUAGAAAACAAUUGCAACAAUGUUAUCAAAAAUAAAAUAAAGGAAAAAAAAAUCCCCAAUGAAAUAUCGGAAAAUAAAUCCAAAUUAAUAAUAAUAAGUAUUUUGUCUAUAAUUGUUUUGUUAUUUUUUUUGGGAGUAUUAAUAAUUUUGCAUUCUACAUGGUGUGCAUCAAUAGCUUAUUCAGAAUCCAAUAUAACAUUUUAUAGUCGAAAUAAUGAAGGUGGUAGAUAUAUAAAUGAUGAUAUAAGACAGAUGUAUAAAUGGAUUAAAGAGAAUACAGAAAGGGAUUCAAAAAUAAUAGCAUGGUGGGAUUAUGGAUAUCAAUUAAAUGCUAUGAGUAAUAGAAUUACAUAUGUUGAUAAUAAUACAUGGAAUAAUGAUCAAAUUGCAAAUAUAGGUUUAAUAUUAAGUAGUAAUGAAAAAAAUGGAUAUGAAGAAUUAAAAAAAUUUGAUCCAGAUUAUUUAUUAAUAUCUUAUGGAGGAUAUUCUAAAAAUUCAUCUGAUGAUUUAAAUAAAUUUUUAUGGAUAAUCAAAAUUGCCAAUAAAAAAUAUAAUUUUAUUUCACCUUUAUUAUAUUAUUAUCAUGAGAAUGCUCAUCCAUUAGGUUCUAAUGCAACAUCAUUUAUGGCAAACAGCAUAUUAUAUAAAUUGUCUUAUUACAACAUAACAAAUGAAAAAGUAAAAGGAUUUGAUUAUGCCCGAAAAAUUGAAGUCCCAAAAAUACAAAAUUUGAAAUAUUUUGAAGAAGUAUUUACAUCAGAUAUAUGGGGUUUUCGCCUCUACAAAAUUAAGCAGGUUGUAUGA